UACCAAGAACCUACAUGUGCAGCCCAAUAAUCAAGUUCCCCAAAAGGCUGCAUAAAUAUAUGCUUAGCUCCCCAAUUACUUUUCUGGAAGCAAAACUGAGUUCCUGGACCCUGCAUUCACUAUAUCUGCUCUCCCCGGACUCUGCAUUUACUAUAUCUGGUCUCCCCGGACACUGCAUUCACUAUAUCUGGUCUCCCCGGAACCUGCAUUCACUAUAUAUGGUCUCCCAGGACCCUGCAUUCACUAUAUUUGGUCUCCCAGGACCCUGCAUUCACUAUAUCUGGUCUCCCAGGACCCUGCAUUCACUAUAUCUGGUCUCCCCCGGACCCCUCAUUCACUAUAUCUGGUCUCCCCAGACCCCUCAUUCACUAUAUCUGGUCUCCCCAGACCCCGCAUUCACUAUAUCUAGUCUCCCAGGACCCUGCAGUCACUAUAUCUGGUCUCCCCGGACCGCUCAUUCACUAUAUCUGGUCUCCCCUGACCCUGCAUUUACUAUAUCUGGUCUC